GUGUGGAGGCAGGGAGCUAAAAGUGCGCUGCCCCACGACGCCGAACUCAUUUUCUGUUUGCCAAGCAAGCGAGUGGAAACAACAAGCAAGUAGUAGCACCUGUAUAGUACCUCCAUUCAUCACAACUCCACUACUAGUUUACUACUAGCUAGCAGACAAUGUCAGAUUCAAAAGAGACCCGCAAAGUUCAGUUUGCAGAAAACAAUGAUGUCUUUAUAAUCCGAGAAAUGAAGGAUGAUUCGUUUUAUAUUGAGAGUUCUUCGCAAGGAUUGGAUGACAGCAACGACGACGACGAAGAGAAUGACUAUCAGAGCAGUGUGGUGGAUAUCCGCGAGAAUAUGCGAGACUGCAUCGUGACUUGGUCCAAGACUCCUUAUUGGAAACUCUUGGAGGGAGCGGUGGAUGACGAAGACGGCGAAGCCAAGGAUGUCCAACGCUACAUUACCUGUUAUGCCCGCGUCGAAGUGGACGGAGACUCUCCUCGUGGAUUGGAACGUCAAAUCUGUCGAGCACACCACGAAGCCCGCAAGGCGUUGAACGAAUCGGCCACUCAUGCCGUGUUAGAGAACGAUUUUCGUUUGCGCUACGAGACACCCAACAAGACGGACGAAGACAUUUGGAAGGAAAUCCGACACAUUUACAAGGAACACAGUCGAGGAUCCAAGGCGUUUGCGCGCAAAAUGGGCAAGGCAGACGAAGCAGCCGUACAACGCAGUGAAAUGGACCCCGCGUUAGCGUUAGAGCAGAUUGAAGACUUGCAAGAACGAGCCAAACGAGGCGAACUGCGGACCAAACGAACAUCGGAUAAUAACACGCGAUCGGGUAGAGAACAAAACAAGAGCUCCACGACUACUCGCAGGCGAACCCGGUCACUGGAACACGUUCGACGAGACGACAACAACGAUUUGAUCAGCGGUAGCAAAAAGGACAAGUCCAAGAAGGAUCGAAAGACGCCACUCCGCAUGCCCUCUCUCAACAUGUACCGAAGGAGCAGCUUGAAGGAUGUCACCAAGGGCGAGGAGGAGGGCAACAACGCGGUAUCCGAUGCUCAAGAUUUAUUUCUCGAGGUGGAUAAGAAAGGAAAGACCAAGCGUUCGUCCCGAUGGAGGAGUCUCAAAAAGGGAAUCUCCAAACGAGUCACAUCCAACAGCAGUCAGCGCACGCAGUGAAAGAAUGAUUGAAUCAUUCGAUUCAUUGCGAGCCGACGGAUUGUGUGUGUACUUUUUGUUUUCGUAUAAUAAUAAUGGAUUGAUUCAAUCCACAUGAAUGGAUUGCAUUACCACUU